CGCGCGUGCGGUCGCCACUCGCUCGCAGACGAGCCGGGAUGCUGCGCUGCUGAGCCCUCGCCGCUGCCUGCCCGCGCCGCGCCGGCCGGGCUUGCCACGCCAUGGUGCCGGGGCUGCCGCCCGCGGGCUGCCGCCUAUGGGCCAGCUGCGCCUGACCGGCUGCUGCCUCCCCGAUGCCCCCGGCGCCCCCGCCUCGCCGCCGCUGCUCCCGCCGGGGCGAAGGAGGCUGCUGCUGCUCCUGCUCCUCAUCAUGCUCGCCUUGUGGCUCUGCAUGGUCUACUCGUGCGCCGCCGCCGCCUUCGCCUCGCCGGGGCUGCUGGCGCCGGGCUCCUCGGCCCCUGCCCGGCGGCCGCACGGCCCGGCGCUCUCCAAGCUGCUGCUGCUGCGGGGGCCCGGCUCCAGGGGACAGCUGAGCCCGGAGCAGGAGAGCAGCGACGACGACGACGACGAGGGCGACGAGGACGGGCUGGUGCCGGACUCGCCCAGCCCCAUCUCCAGCUUCCUCAACGGCUCCGGCACCAAGCGCCUGCCCCAGGCGCUCAUCAUCGGCGUGAAGAAGGGCGGCACCCGGGCGCUGCUCGAGUUCCUGCGGGUCCACCCGGACGUGCGGGCGGUGGGCGCCGAGCCCCAUUUCUUCGACCGCAACUACGAGCGAGGGCUCACCUGGUACAGAGAUUUGAUGCCAAGGACACUUGAUGGGCAGAUCACCAUGGAGAAAACUCCCAGCUACUUCGUCACUAAGGAAGCACCUGCUCGAAUCUCAGCCAUGUCUAAAGGCACCAAGCUCAUCGUGGUGGUGAGAGACCCCGUUACUAGAGCCAUUUCUGACUAUACACAGACUCUCUCCAAGAAGCCCGACAUCCCCACCUUUGAGAGCUUGACCUUCAAAAACAGGACUACGGGCCUCAUUGACACCUCCUGGAGCGCCAUCCAGAUUGGCAUUUAUGCCAAGCAUCUGGAAAACUGGCUCCUGUAUUUCCCCAUUGGGCAGAUUCUCUUUGUCAGUGGGGAGAGACUAAUCAGUGACCCAGCUGGUGAGUUGGGCCGGGUCCAGGACUUCCUGGGUCUCAAACGGAUCAUCACAGACAAACACUUCUACUUCAACAAGACAAAGGGCUUCCCAUGCCUGAAGAAGGCAGAAGGCAGCAGCAAGCCUCAUUGCCUGGGCAAAACAAAAGGGCGGACCCACCCCAACAUCGACCAGAAGGUGGUCCAGAGGCUACGUGAGUUCUACAGGCCUUUCAACAUGAAGUUCUACCAGAUGACUGGACAGGACUUUGGCUGGGAUUAAUGGUUAACGUGGAAGCACUUGGCAGAGUUAAUCCAGUCAUUCAGCUUGCUUCUCCCUAUAUAUGUAGAUAGGUCUAUAUGUAAAAUGUACAGAAAUCUAUUUUAUAAUAAUUUAUUUUUAAUUCUUAAGCAAUUAAUUCACUAAGCUGCCUAACCACACUGUAGCCCAUAGCUGUGUUUUAACAUUCCACAGUGUUGAUGCUCGACUAUGCUCUUGCUCUCUUUGGUUGCCUGGUUCAGUUUGUAAUGGGGAAGUGCUUCCAUGUAUUUUCCUAGCAGAAGUUUAAUAUUUUUGAAGAAUGCAGGUGGGUAGAGGAGAAUUUUUUUAAAAAGCACAAUUUUUUUUUUCCAAUACGGGUACUAGGCAUUUUGAAACACUUUUGUGCAAGGUCCUUCAGGUAGCAUCUCUUGUCUUCCCUCUUCACCAAUCACUUUAUGUGCAACUGAGGUUUUAGUUGAUAUUGGAAAAACAGACUUUGCAAAUGGGACUCAAGGAACUCGAGCAUUAGGCCUAACUUAAGCAGCUGCCCUUACAGGUGGGUGUGGCACACAUGUGCAAAAGGAUACACUCUCCAGCCAUAUAGCUGCUGCCUGUCCCCCAGGUAUGCUUGCCUUGGUUCUCCACUUUUCUAGAGGCUUUGCAACAAGGUGAACUUUGUUGCCUGGACCUCUGCUGUUUCUUUCCCCCACUCUAUGUAGUGAAAAUGUUCUUUCUUUUGAGCAGAUCUCCUGAGCUGACAACUAUGCAUAUUUGUUGAACUUUUUCCAGAAGGAACAAGUUAAAUGUGAAAAUCUUGCUCUGGGGCAAGUAGCGAUGCAGGUUUUUAAAGGUUUGUUUCUAGAUCAGUCUCGUGAAGGAAGGCCAUCUGAACUUACCUCUGAUGAACCAUUCAGCUGUGUGGAUAAGUGUGAGAGCAAAACACUGGCAACAUGUGAUGGGGUUGUUGUGUGCAGCUGGAUGAUGUGCAGAGGUCAUCCCCGUGUGCAUCAUUCAUGCUCAUGCAUGUGCUCUUUCUUCUUUUCCCUCUGUCAAACAGGACAUUGUUGUCUGAAUUACUUGUUAGUGCUGGGCUGUGAAAGGUCCAAAUUCAGGGGUGUAUGAUAGCAAGAGGAUGUAUUUCAUAAAGCCUACUGUGAGAAGCACUGGAGAGGAGCAGGUAACAUAUAUCCUGCCUUAACCUCAUCAAAGAAUUCCACAAGUUGUCCAGCUGCCUGGCAAACACCUUAUUUGCUAGUGGCAAAGUCAUGAGGUGAACGGCAUGCAGCAGCUCCUCAAGGCAUGGCACAAUUAAAUGAACUGACAAGGUGUGACCAUGGCAAAUUGAGGGUUGAUGUGCCUGGUUAACAUUAGGAUGGGUGAUCUUCAAUAGAUCUGUAUACACCUCUUGGUUUCCACUUCUGUUUACUUUCUGUAACAGAUUCACCACAGAUUCUUGAAUUGUCCUGAGCUUGGACAACCAUGUUGAGUAGGUUGAGCACCACAGUCAGACAAUUUUUUUAAAAGGUGGAGACACAUUACACUAAUUGAGUGACUUGAAGGGUUGAAUGUGGAACCUCCACACAAUAUAUUGUGUGUGUGCACGUAUACAUUCCCAUCCCCUUUAUCUAAAAGAUGUAGACCUACCCAUCAAUAUUCACAGGGGAACCUUCAGCAAUGUUUACCCUUCUAACCUCUUGACUUUAAUGGACAGAUGUGUGUCAUUCUACUUAGAGUUGUUCUGUCAGUCUGCUUCAGUCAUGGUGGUGGUAAGCUUUACCAAUUUGGAUAUCCACCGAUAAAGCAACACUCUCAGAAAAGGGAAUCUUGCAUCUCAGUCCAGUGCAAAGACAAAGGUGUUAUCAUGUAGAUUUUGGUCUUCUGACUACUCGAAAUCAUUUGAUGCUCUGUUUAGGUGACCAUGCCACAUCUUGGCAUUAUCAAGCCACAAGGUUUUCAUCUUUCUCCUGAUUUGUGACACUUUCCCAUUUAUUGCUCUUCUUGGUCUUCAAUUUAAAAAAAUUUCUUAGGUGUACUAAACCGCAAGUACUCUGUCAACAGAACAUGUUCUGAAUGGUUUUGAAAGAUAAGAAUUGAUGAAUACGCUGUUAAUUCUUUGUUAAAUACUUUAAGAAAACUGCUAAUCCUGGCUGAGCAGCCCAUACAAUGGAAAUACUAACAAACCAAUUAAUUUUAUAUGGCCUUACCUAAACAGUAUGGUAGCCACAAAGGGACAGCAUACCAUAUGGAAUUUGAACUGCUGUAAGCAGCAUCAAUAGUGUUACAUUUUUGUUUGCUUCACAAGGGGAACACAAUCAAACUCAGAGGUGUGGUUAGACUUGUUUUUGUUUUUUUUACAUUGUAACAUUAAUUUAUGGCUGAGUUUCAUUCAGCCCUGUAUUCCGCUGUGCAGUAUGUCCAGAUAUUAGCAAUAUUUUUGUGUUCUCUGUAACAUGGUACACCUUAGAAUAGUACACUUGUAAAGGAUAAAAAGGCAAGCAAAAACUGUAAAUUGAGUAUUUUGUGGUAUGUAUGACACAAAUUAAUUUUACACAGAGAAAGGUUUCUAGGAAAAUGAAAUUCAGAUAAUUCAUACUAUUUCUUUGU